AUGCGCGUCGCUGUCGUUAUUGCGUUUCUCGCCCCCAUCACUGAGGGUCUUCUGCUGAUGCCCUCCGAGCCGAUCUUCACGCUCGAGCUUGGCCCUGGAUGCAUCCGUACUGUUAUGGAAGCCGGGAAAAAACGUCUUGAAGCUGAUGGUUACGACUAUACCGACCUUACACACUCGUCGAUCCGGGCUGCUCGAGCCGAUGGCGCGUCUACAGACGAUGGGGCAAAGUCCAUGCCACCUCAAAACAAUGCCCUCGACCAGUUCGUAACUCUCAACGCAACUGCUCUGGCAGAAAAUCUCCUAGGUUUAACUGGAUUCCACACGCGAUACUACAAAUCACAGACCGGCAUUCAAUCUUCGAAGUGGCUUCUGGGCCGCAUUCAAGCCUACAUAAGUGGCGCAACGUCUCGAGGCGUCAAGAGAGCGUCUUUCAGGGUCGUGGACCAUAACUGGAAGGGUCAAAAGAGCAUCAUUGUCUCUCUCAAGGGUAAUGGUAACGGUGUAGUUGUGCUCGGCGCUCAUCAAGACUCGAUCAACGGGCUAGACCCGAUAAAAGGUCAUGCUCCCGGCGCAGAUGACAACGGCACCGGCAGUAUUACAAUCUUGGAAGCCCUUCGCGCGAUCCUCGACAGCGACUUAGCCCUCAAAGAUAGCGAACACACACUUGAAUUCCACUGGUACGCAGGAGAGGAGGCUGGGCUCCUGGGCAGUAAUGCAAUCUUUAAUGAGUACGCUCGCGAUGAUGUCAACGUUGUAGCUAUGCUCAAUUUCGACAUGACGGGCUAUGUCAAGCCUAACACGAAGCCGACGAUGGGUGUCAUAACUGACAACGUUGACCCCAAGCUCACGCAAAGGCUGCGGGAGAUUAUCGAGAAAUGUUCAGAUCAUGCCUCGGCGACCCUUGUUGGUUUCCCGUCUGCUUUCAUCUUUGAAUCGACCUUCGAAAACUCGAACGAAUACAUCCAUACACCCGAAGACACAAUUGAGAAGGUGGACUUUGGACACGUGUAUGAGUUCGCGAAGCUCGCGGUUGCUGCCGCCUACGAGCUCGCUUGGUGA